AUGGUGGCCGCGGCCAUUGGCGACCUCGGGGUCUGCGCGGAAGCGGACAUGAUCAAGGUGGAGUUCGAGACCAGCGAGGAGGUGGACGUCACUCCCACGUUUGACACCAUGGGCCUGCGGGAGGACCUGCUGCGCGGCAUCUACGCCUACGCACAGGUGGUGCUCAUCAGUGCCACGCUGCCCCACGAGAUCCUGGAGAUGACCAACAAGUUCAUGACCGACCCCAUCCGCAUCUUGGUGAAACGUGAUGAGCUGACCCUGGAAGGCAUCAAGCAGUUCUUCGUGGCUGUGGAACGGGAAGAGUGGAAGUUCAACACCCUGUGUGACCUGUAUGACAUGGUGAACAUCACGCAGGUGGUCAUCUUCUACAACACCAAGAGGAAGGUUGACUGGCUGACGGAGAAGAUGCAAGAAGCCAACUUCACUGUCUCCUCGAUGCACGGCGACAUGCCCCAGAAGGAGCUAGAGUCCAUUAUGAAGGAGUUCAGAUCUGGCGCUAGCCGUGUGCUCAUCUCCACAGACGUCUGGGCCCAGGGACUGGACAUCCCUCAAGUCUCCCUCAUUAUCAACUAUGACCUCUCCAACACCAGAGAGUUGUACAUACACAGAAUUGGGCAUUCUGGGCGAUAUGGCCGGAAAGGUGUGGCCAUAAACUUUGUGAAGAACGACGACAUCCGCAUCCUCCGAGACAUCAAGCAGUACUACUCCACCCAGAUCGACGAGAUGCCCAUGAACAUUGCGGAUCUUAUCUGA